AUGUCCCAGUCAGACGCAGAUCAACUCUCCAGCCUCCUGUGCAGAGGGUGUCCGAAACUGCAGCCCAGCGUUACGGCAGCGAGAAAUGCCAAGCAAGCCCGACUGCAUGAGAUCAAUACGUUGAAAAACGAUCUCAACGAGACCGCUCUGCUGGAGCAAUUCUUCAGUCGAAGCUUUGUCACUUUCGGCUUCUCCCAGAGUAUAUCCGCCGAAAUGUGUCUAGACCCGUCAAUUGAGUGCAAACCGCUUCUGGCUAUGAUGGAAACCGCGCAGCUCAGCAGCGAUUCGAUGCGGGCAUGUCGGGAGGCAAUCGCAUCCCUACAGUGGAGCUUCAAGCUUGAGUCCGCAGCCAUAGAACCCACGGACGAAACGCGCGCUGUCUUCGCUUGGCCAUCCUUGCUGUCGUCAGCUUUUAUGGAUUUGCUGAGCACUCGGACGCCUGAAGCGCUGGUCAUCCUUUGUUUCUACGGAAGACUGCUACACCGGCACAGAAAGGUCUGGUUCGUCGGCGAUACUGGGCUUCGCUUGGUAGCGGGAAUGUUUCCCAGGAGGCCUCAGCAAGCGUGCUUGGUGGACUUCUCAACAACAGUGGGUUACGGUUUGCCACAAAGCCAGCCUUCUUCGUACGCAAUCCAAGUACCUGUGAAGAGGACCGUGUACAUCCAGCUGUACUAUGAUCGUUCUGCCAACAGAGCCUUGAUACGCUUCUCUUCUCAUCGUCCACCAAGUAUAGCCCGUCAUUGUCCAGCAAAGCAGCGACACUGCCCGUCUUGUAUAGCACAAGUUCGAAGAUUAUCCCAUUCUGUCAACCGUCAGGUCAUCCAGUACCGCGGUGCCGAGUCUACUCACCGCAUUGUUUCGACGUUUCCAACGAGCGACCUUCCGCGCCAUUCGAGAGAUGUCGUAGCCCCCCGAAGCAGCGGGCGAUACAGACACGACAAACCCUUGAGGCCACACUGA